UCGAUCUCCUCGCCCCGUCAUAUUUCUGAAGUGUGAAGCCGUGGUGAAGGCUGGUGGCGAGCAGGGGGAUGCCGGCCAAAAUGCAGCUCCUUAUCAGAUGUAAUGGGAGGAUUUUCCUGGCUAUUUGUUUAAUCCUCUUUGUGGGAUACACAGCACAAGGUGCCCCGGUGCAGAAGGCAAGGUACCAGCGAGUGAGGUGCCGGCCCGACGCCUGGUCUGCCAACUGCAUUGAGGAGAAGGGGCCCUGGUUCUACAUGCCCACUGGCGGAGCCAACAGGAUCCUUCCUCCCAUGGUAGACCCGUCCCUGAUGAAGAGAUACCAGGAGCUGCAGGGCAUGUUCCCGCUCUCGAACGAGGAGUCCGGCUCUGGGUUUGACACCGCAGUGGAAAUGGAGCCAGACAUGGAGCCCGACAUGGGGUCGGGGCUUGGCAAUGACCUCUCCAAGCCAAAGCUGCCUGUGUUGCUGGGCCUGCGAGGCGGGAAGCUGAAGCAGGAGCUGACAGAGGAGGACUUGCUGCUGUAGAUCUCCUGGUGCCGGCCGUGGCCUCGCUUGCCUCCCACACCCCUUCCCGCUGCCUGGCCCAACGCAGUUGCCACCCAGCGGUUUUAAACCAGCCCCAAAUCAAUAAAAACUCUGCCUUAAAAAUCUUUAUUGCUAU